AUGCAUUCCAGACUAGAUUUACCUCCAGAAGAAGUAGGUGGUCUUAUUGUUCCUGAAAACGAAGAUGAAGGUAUAAGUGGUUGUUUCGCAAGAGCUGUUCGGAACGCUUUGAAAUACAAAAUCAUUGUUGUUACAAGUCGUGGAACCAGUGUAAUGAACAUUAUCAAUAAAACCAUUUUGAAUGCCCGAGGUAAACCUAAUUCCUGGAUUCGGUUCGGUCCAAGCCGUGGUACAGGGAAAUUUGCAAGUGCCCAAGUUGCUACGUUUACUGAUAAAGCUUUGAAAACUGUGCAAAAAGUGGCUCCAUAUCUUCUGGGUGCUGGGCUGACGUCAGAUGGUUACUCGCUCAGAAAAAACGUAGUAAAUGACCUUAAAAGUGGCUCGAUAAUAAAUGCCGUAACCACUGGAGCAAGUAUUGCUAGUGGUUGGACUGGUGGUCUAGCUGGAGCAUCUGCAGGAGCGGCGAUGGGGACAGCAAUAUGUCCAGGAUUUCGCACAGUCUUCGGUGGAGCACUAGGCGGAUUAGUAGGAGAAGUGGGUGCAACUGUGGCCACAGAAAAAAUCGUUGACACGAUCUCUGAUGCUGCAGGAUAUGAAUUAAAAAUCAUGUUGUGCAAAAAAUGUGAACGGCUUUACAGAUGCCGUUUUUAUGCAGAUGGACAACUUCGCUUAUGUGACUACUGCCAGACAGAAGAGAGUGAGAAAGAAGAAGAAAAGUAG